GUCGCCGCCCUCGAGGCAGCUGGGGGAACCCGCUGCAAACGGCUCCUUUUCUGAACAGGGAGUUUAUUUUCAAGUCCAUACGAACCUUGAACAAAGUGGUCGCUGCAAACUCGAGCGUGUACGGACUCGGCUCCGCUCGACGAGAGCGACAGGUUCAGUAGCCACCUUUCUCGGCGUUUUUGGGUUGUUUCUUCCACUUUUUUCCCUUUGUGGUAGAUUAUCUUAGGAACCCUGUAGUAACCUUUGCCGUAAUUCCUAUUUGAACGAUUCCCACACGCGAGAACAGCGCAUGUAUGCGGCAUUUUCGCUCUGAUUUCACUUGACGUCUCGCUACGACGGCGCUUGUUUGCCCCCCAUCUUCUCCAACCCGUGACUGACGACGGCAAACGGACGUGACGCCACGAAUUUCCCGCCGUCUGAUUGGCUGCUGUGUGGUGUCGCAAAUAGUAUCAAGCUGGCAUAACUAACGCCGAAAAUGAUCAUCUUUGUCCACAGAGCAUGGCGGCGGUUCCUCCACUGCUCCGGACCGACUCGGCCCGAGGGGAGUUCUCCCCCCUGAAGCAUUUCGUGGUGGCCAAGAAGACUAUAAGCGGCGUGUUUGAGCAGCUACUCGAUUACGUGACCGAGACCUCCAAGUUUGUGGAAGAAACAUGCGAGAACAAAGCUCUGGAGCACAUUGCAAGUCCGGACCAAAAGUCUGAGAUCCAGGCGUACGCAGACAAGCUUGCCGUCAUCAAGGAGGUGCUGGCUCGCAGGCACAUGAAAGUGGCCUUUUUUGGCAGGACGAGUAACGGUAAAAGCACCGUGGUCAACGCCAUGCUGAGGGACCGCGUGCUGCCCAGCGGCAUCGGCCACACCACCAACUGCUUCCUGAGCGUGGAGGGUACGGAUGAGGACAAGGCCUACCUCAAGACGGAGGGCUCAGACGAGGAGAAGAGCAUCAAGACCGUCAACCAGCUGGCUCACGCGCUGCACAUGGACGAGAGUCUGGACGCCGGCUGUCUGGUUCGUGUUUUCUGGCCAAAGACCAAGUGUGCCCUGCUUCGGGACGACCUGGUGCUGGUGGACAGCCCAGGAACAGACGUCACGUCAGAGUUGGACAGCUGGAUAGACAAGUUUUGCCUGGACGCCGACGUCUUCGUGCUGGUGGCCAACUCGGAAUCCACGCUCAUGAACACGGAAAAGCACUUUUUCCACAAAGUGAAUGAACGCUUAUCAAAGCCCAACAUCUUCAUCCUAAACAAUCGCUGGGACGCCUCAGCAAACGAGCCGGAAUACAUGGAGGAUGUGAGAAAGCAGCACACGGAUCGUUGCGUGAACUUUCUGGUGGAGGAGCUGAAGGUGGUGGACCGCGAGCAGGCGCCCAAUCGCAUCUUCUUCGUGUCCGCCAAGGAGGUGCUCAACUCCCGCAUGCAGCGGGCGCAGGGCAUGCCCGAGACGGGUGGCGCCCUGGCGGAAGGCUUCCAGGAGAGAUUAAAGGAGUUCCACAGCUUUGAGAGGAGAUUUGAGGAGUGUAUCUCGCAGUCAGCAGUGAAAACAAAGUUUGAGCAGCACACAAUCAGGGCCGAGCAGAUCACAGAAAAAGUCAAGUGCAUCAUGGACGCCAUCAACAUCGAGGCGGCGGAGAAGAGGGUUGCGGCACUGGAGGAGCGAGAAUAUCAGCUGGAUCGGCUGGAUUUUGUACAAAAUCAGCUUCGGCUGCUGAUUGACGACAUCAACAAGAAGAUCAAGGCCAUCAGUGAAGACGUGGAGUCCAAGGUGUCCAACGCCAUGGGUGAGGAGAUCUGCCGUCUGAAUGUCAUUGUGGACGAGUUCCACGCCGACUUCCACCCGUCACCGCAUGUUCUCAAGCUCUACAAGUCUGAGCUGCUGGCUCACGUGGAACAGGGAAUGGGCAAGAACCUGGCCUUCCGCUGCUCCGAUGCCGUCAACGCCUCGGUCCAGUCCACUCAGAGAUACAUGACAGACAGCAUGGUACCUUUGCUGCCCUCCGCCAGCCAGAGCCAACUCCACCUGCUGGUGCCCAACAGGAAGCUGGACCUGAGUUACGACCUCAACUGCGCCUCGCUGUGCAACGACUUCCAGGAGAACAUCCAGUUCCGGUUUUCCUUGGGAUGGACCGCGUUGGUGCACCGCUUCCUGGGGUCCGUCCAUGCCGAGAGGGCCCUCAAGAUGGUGGACCAGAAGUUCCAGGCCUCCCUACCAGCCCCGCCCCCGGCCGCCACGCCCUCCUCGGGACCCCCUUCCCUAGCGCAGCCCAACCAGGACACGGCACUAAUGACGCAGGAAGACUUGAUGGUAGCCAUGGCGACCAACGUGGCCUCCAUCACCUCCCGCACGUCCAUGAGUGCUCUCGUCGUGGGAGGCGUGGUGUGGAGGACGCUGGGCUGGAGGCUCAUCUGCACGGCGGCCUCCCUCUACGGUCUGCUGUACCUGUACGAGCGCCUCACCUGGACCACCAAGGCCAAGGAGCGCACCUUGAAGCGCCAGUUUGUGGACUUCGCCACCGACAAGCUGCAGCUCAUCGUCAGCUUCACCAGCGCCAGCUGCAGCCACCAAGUGCAGCAGGAGAUGGCAACCACCUUCGCCCGCCUGUGCCAACACGUGGAAGUGACGCAGCAGGAACUGGAAACCCAAAUCCAGCAACUCUCAGCCAAGAUCGAUCAGCUGGAGGCCGUCCAGAACCGCUCCAAGACGCUACGGCACAAGGCCAGCCAGCUGGAGACGCAGUUGGAGACUUUUUCCAAGCAGUACCUGCAGCAUCACCACUGAAGAUUGACUAUGGAUUCAUUUCUAGCAUAUUUCUACCUUCAAGUCCAGCCCUCCUUGAAUAUCAGCAAGGCUGCUAACCAAGCAACUAACCAACUAACCGACUAACCAACCAACCGUCUGGGUGCUACCUGUGGACACUAACUGUGAAUACUGUAUGCCUUUUUUUCUCUUUAUGUGACGCAGGAAUAAGAACACAAAAGAUCCGUGUCAUUGUAUAAAUCACUUGAAUAAAAGGAUCAUAUUUUCUCAUA